AUGACGGCCCAGGGGAGCCUGGUGGCCAACCGAGGCCGGCGCUUCAAGUGGGCCAUUGAGCUGAGCGGGCCUGGAGGAGGCAGCAGGGGCCGAAGUGACCGGGGCGGUGGUCAGGGAGACUCGCUGUACCCAGUUGGUUACUUGGACAAGCAAGUGCCGGAUACCAGCGUGCAAGAGACAGACCGGAUCCUGGUGGAGAAGCGCUGUUGGGACAUUGCCUUGGGUCCCCUCAAACAGAUUCCCAUGAACCUCUUCAUCAUGUACAUGGCAGGCAAUACUAUCUCCAUCUUUCCUACGAUGAUGGUGUGUAUGAUGGCUUGGCGACCCAUUCAGGCACUUAUGGCCAUUUCAGCCACUUUCAAGAUGCUAGAAAGUUCAAGCCAGAAGUUCCUGCAGGGUUUGGUGUAUCUCAUUGGAAAUCUCAUGGGUUUGGCAUUGGCUGUUUAUAAGUGCCAGUCCAUGGGACUGUUGCCUACACACGCCUCAGACUGGUUAGCCUUCAUUGAACCUCCUGAGAGGAUGGAGUUCAGUGGUGGUGGACUGCUUUUGUGA